GGGUAGCACAGGCCGAAGGCGGGCGGGCAGCAGGAAGGCAGGGCGCCGGUCCCCCAGGACUCAUCUCCCAGGGCAACAUCCCCCGGUGGCCCCGUGGCCGUCCGGUUCCAGCGUCCCCCCAGCCCAACUCGCAGAGACCAUGCAGAAAGCCCGGGGCACGCGAGGCGAGGACGCGGGCACGAGGGCACCCCCCAGCCCCGGGGUGCCCCCGAAGAGGGCCAAAGUGGGGGCCGGCGGAGGGGCGGGGGCCGGGGCGCCCGUCUUCCUGCGGCCCCUGAAGGACGUGGCGGUGUCUGCGGGCAGCGACGUGCAGCUCCGGGUGGUGGUGAGCGGGACGCCCCAGCCCAGCCUCAGCUGGUUCCGGGAUGGGCAGCUCCUGCCCGCGCCGGCCCCUGAGCCCAGCUGCCUGUGGCUGCGGAGCUGCGGGGCGCGGGAUGCCGGCGUGUACAGCUGCAGGGCGCAGAACCAGCGGGGCCAGGCCUCCUGCGAGGCUGUUCUCACAGUGCUGCAGGUCGGAGAAAACCGGCCACUCCCGCCGGGCCUUUGGCCGACUCACCCAUGGUGCGUGGACCAUCAGCUGCCUGCCGUAACCCAUGAGCGCUCCUCCUCUUGGUUCAUGUCCCUUCACGAGGCACCCAGGCCUUGAAGAUGGCCCAUGAGAUGCGGGACCCCCCACAUGCCCACACUCACCCACCCACCCAGGAAGGCCCCUUGCAGCUGAGAGAGGACCUAGCAAUGGGGGUGAGGGGUUAGCUGGCACACCCCAUCAUGGGCCUGGGCUUACUGUUCUCCAGCUGUGGGCCCUGUG